AUGGCUCCUAAGAUUGCUAUCGUCUACUACUCCAUGUACGGCCACAUCAAGCAGCUCGCCGAGGCCGAGAAGAAGGGUGCCGAGGCCGCUGGCGCCCAGGUCGACAUCUACCAGCUCCCCGAGACUCUGUCUCAGGAAGUCCUCUCCAAGAUGCACGCCCCCCCCAAGCCCAGCGAUAUCCCCGUCCUCGAGGAUCCCACGACCCUCACCCAGUACGACGGCUUCCUGUUUGGCAUUCCCACCCGAUAUGGAAACUUUCCCGCUCAGUGGAAGACCUUCUGGGACAAGACCGGUGGAAUCUGGACCUCCGGCGGCUACUGGGGCAAGAAGGCCGGUCUCUUCAUCACCACUGGAACUCCCGGCGGUGGUCAGGAGUCCACUGCUCUCUCCGCCAUGUCCACCCUGGCUCACCACGGCAUCAUCUACGUUCCCCUCGGCUACGCCAAGACUUUCCCCGAUGUCACCAACCUGACCGAGGUCCACGGUGGCUCCCCCUGGGGCGCCGGUUCUUUCGCCGGCGCCGAUGGUUCUCGCCAGCCCUCCGAGCUCGAGCUCCGAAUUGCCACCGCCCAGGGCCAGGCCUUUGCCGAGACUCUCUCUUCGUGA